AUGUCACAACAAGCACGUUUUCAGCCUUAUUCAAGGCCUUCAACUCAAUCACAAAUCUCAAUCAAAGGUGCAGCUGCCCAGCGACGCAGUUUACGCGAACGUUCUGCCCCAGCUCCAAAAUUGAAAACUCCUGCUCUUCCAGCUCAAGCUUCGAAGUCAAAAGCAUACCUUCCGGCUCUUCCAGCUCAAGCUUCGAAGUCAAAAUCAAAAACUCCUGCUCUUCCAGCUCAAGCUUCAAAGUCGAAAGCAAAAACUCCUGCUCUUCCAGCUCAAGCUUCGAAGUCAAAAGCAUACCUUCCGGCUCUUCCAGCUCAAGCUUCGAAGUCAAAAUCAAAAACUCCUGCUCUUCCAGCUCAAGCUUCAAAGUCGAAAGCAAAAACUCCUGCUCUUCCAGCUCAAGCUUCGAAGUCAAAAGCAUACCUUCUGGCUCUUCCAACUCCAAAACCAAAAUCCACCAAAUCAAUUCUUCCGACUCGCAUAGAUAGUUCUUUACCUUCCAGCAAGACUGAACUAUUCAGACAAGAUGACUUGAAUUUGUUCAAUCACUCUGACCACAAUUUUGGUACGUUUCACAUUAUCUGA